AUGGCAAAGAAAACGCAACCCUGUCGAUCGGCUGCUUCGGCUCUCCAAUCAGCUCAACAGCAGAAGAAUCAGAAACCUUCCCUGCCUCCCCCUCCAUCCCCCCCUUCACUAGCCCCAAAGUCCAAAACAUCCGGCUCUGCAAAGAAGAAGAAUAAGAAGAAGGCUGCCCAGGCUCGUCAACUCGACUCGAUCAACCAUCUGGAUCAACUCAACGACAACCAUACUGAUUCAAACAGUCUGAUCGGUCGAUCUGAUAUGAUUGGUGCCUAUCCGGCCGAAGAUGCCGUCUCAAUCACCCAGCGGACAACAACCGGCAGCAUCUCCCCCGAUGAGGACGAGGACGACCGGAUCACCUCUCAUACCAUGCAUUCCAGUCUGGCUGCAGCCACCCGUCAGACUCAAGAAGAUCUACUCGCCACAGCUAACGACCUCUACCGUCAGAUCGAGUCUGCAGCCGCAGCCGCACUCGCUACUACUCAAUACCCCAAGAGCAACAAUUCGAUCCAUAACUCUAACAAUCAGAACCAAUCCUCGACAUAUCAUCAAUCCGGUCAUUCAAACUCAAAUAAUCACUCGCCUCAUCCGGAUGAUGAUGCAUAUUGGAAUUCUCUUCCUGCUCAUCUGCGAUCGUUUAUUCGUUCUGCUCUUCCCCUUGCUGCCGGUCACUCAUCUUCCAAUAGCAAUCAAUCACAGUCCUCCGCUCAGAAUCCCGGUGCCAUCCUACCAAACCUGUCUUCCUUCGCCCACGCAACCGGUAUGGUCACCUCCACGACCACCUCCAACAACCAACAGAGCGUACCCCAACUGACGAGCGAACAAAUGGCAGCAGCAGCUGAACAAUUGGCUCGAGUCGUCCAAAGUCACGAUUGGGGUCGAGCGGUCUCCACUGCAGCGCAACAGGCCGGCUUAUCGCAUACUAGCGUCAUGAACCACAUCAUCAAUGGCACUGCUCGAUCGUCUCACAAUUAUAGUCGUGAUGGGAGCGGCGCCGCUGCUACACUUAGCGUGACAGGUGGAACUGUCACCGGAACGAUACCCCUCGGAAGUUUCACCCUGCCUCUACCCCUUCACGCUCAUCCUGAACAACAUCAGCACCAGAACUCACAUGGGAUUAAUGAGCCUGUUUACUACACUGGCGAGACGACUAUUGUGACCUCGAGAAUCGGUGAUAAACACAAUGGCGAUGAUGGUUUGUUAGAUGAUGGUUAUUACAGCGAUGAUGCGAGAGGAAUGCGAGGUGACAUUAAUCAUACUAUACUCGACAACCGACAUAACCACUCUGAACAAGCUAGUAACGCUAGCAAUAUUGGGGUCAACAACUCAUCUCCAGCAAUGACAACAACCACGAGUAACAAGAAGAAGAAGAAGAACAAGAAGAAAAAAUCGGGUAACGCUGGUUCCAAUGAAGCUACCCAACCUCCUCCUGUUCCGAGUAUCGAUGUUCAGCGUUCCGCUCCUGCGUUACCAUCGAAUCCUGGAGUCCCCACCAAAGCAUCAUCUCAACUCAAUCCAUCAACGCGAAAACCUGGUCUUGAUCCUCCGGGCGGUCAUCUCACAAAUCAGACCCUUUCACCAAAUGCUGCUGCGCCCGCCUCUCGACUGCCCCCAGUUCCACCAUCUGCUCAGAAAAAGAAAAGUCCUAUCGCCACUUCAUUGUCUUCUAACAUCAACAAUUCAGCCUCCUCAUCGACCGUCACAAACACCAACUCGAAUAACACCUCCCAUCAGCCCACCGAACGGGAGCGGAUUCGCGUCUUCUGGUUGACGCUGAAUCAAGAGGAGCGAGCAAACCUUGUUAAGAUUGAGAAGGAUGCCGUGCUGAAAAAAAUGAAGGAACAACAGCGGCAUUCUUGCUCCUGUGCAGUCUGUGGACGAAAACGACUAGCGAUCGAACAAGAACUAGAAGUAUUGUACGAUGCCUAUUAUGACGAACUGGAGAAUUACGCGGAGGCCUCCAAGAAGUAUUAUGGCUCAGACUUGAAGACAAAAGGCGACAAAGGCCUUCCUGGAGCCUACCCAAAGCCACCAGGACCCGGACCAUUCCCAGGAAGUGUGGACAUCAUGAUGACGGCGACCCAACCAUCAACUCAAGUUGCAUCCAAGAAGGCUGUUCCCAAACCUACUCGUGAUCAUAAAAACAUUCGGCCAAGACCUCAGCAAGCCGUGCCUCAGCAGACUCAUCCACCGCCCCAAUCUACAAAUGGAACCAAUGGACAUUAUCAGCAACCACCAGGUGCCGCCAAACAAAACUUACCCCCACCGUCUCAAUUGAAGAAGUUGAAUUCACAUAACAGCAAUAGUGAUCACGAUCACACGCAUAGCCCAAGCUGCCCCCACCAUCCUCAUCACCACGGUCCAAAUCACUAUCACCCCAACAAUCGUGGAAAAGGUGUUGCUAAUGCUCACUGCAUUCCCCCGGCUGCUCAUCCACGGACACAUCCCCGAAAUGAAGACGCGUUUCCCGAUGAAGAUGCAGAGGAUGAGGAAGAUGAGGAUGAAUACGACGAUGACGAUGAGGAAGAAUAUGAUGAAGACGAAGAGGAGGAAGGCGAGUUUGAAGAUGAUGAUGAGAUCCCAGCGUUAGAAGAAGUGCCCAGCGAAACGUUGGUACCAAAUAACGCACACAAGAAACCUCCCAUCAACGGCACAAAUAUGCCUUACCCUAAUAAAUUGCCCAAUGGCGAUAAACUGAGUAGCACGCAUGCAAACAACAGCGAUUUAUUUGGAUUUGGAAACUCUCUAACUGUCAAAGGAGGUAUAUUGACCGUGGCCGACGACCUUCUUCGGAACGAUGGGCAAAAGUUCUUGGAAAUGAUGGAAUCAUUGGCUGAUAAACGUAUCCAGCGGGAGCGAGAUGCGGCCGAAAAUCUUCUGGCUAUUGGAAGAUGA